UAUAGAUGUAAAAUGGUCGACCAUGUGGGAAAAGUGGUCCUUCCCGGGGAGAUCGUAACCGGUUUUAAGGCAUCUGAGAAAACAUCAAAAGUCAUUCUAGGCCCAGGGCUUCGACAGGAGACAGAAACGAUAAGAGCAACAAAACCAGGAAUUUUAAGACACAAAGAUCCCAAUGUUUAUUGGGUCGACAGUUAUCAAAAGAGGUACAUACCUGUCAGAGGAGAUACAGUCCUUGGAAUUGUUACAGCAAAAGCAGGAGAUAUCUUCAGAGUAGAUGUUGGAAGCAGUGACCAGGCUUCGUUACCCUAUGUAGCGUUUGAAGCUGCUACCAAAAGGAAUAGACCUGAUGUGAAGGUUGGAGAUAUAGUGUACUGUAAGUUUGUGGAGGCUAACAAGGACAUGGAGGGAGAGGUGGUUUGCAUAGAUAGCAGUGGAAAAAGUGGCGGCCUUGGGGUGAUUGGCAGGGAUGAAGGAUAUCUUUUCCAGGUUCCCAUCAACCUCACACGGAAAGUGCUCAGUCCAGAUUGUGACUUGUUCAGGUUGCUUGGUAAGAGCAUGCGUUAUGAGACUGCAGUGGGGAUGAAUGGUCGGAUCUGGGUGAAGGCCAAGACAGUUGUGGAAACAAUUGCCAUCACAAACGCUAUAUGUGCAUCUGAGUAUAUGACAAACAUGCAAAUAAAAAAUAUGUGUAAAAGACUGGCCGACUCUCUGGCAGGAUUCUAAAUAAUGUGUUAAAGACUGGCUGAUUCUCUCAACAGGAUUCUGAAUUCUGUGUAAAAGACUGGCCGAUUCUCUGGCAAGAUUCUGAAUUGUGUGUAAAACACUGGCCGAUUCUCUGGCAGAUUCUAGGAUUCUGUGUAUAUGAUUGACUCUAGCAGGAUUCUAGAUUCUGUGUAAAUGAUUGUCUGACUCUAGCAGGAUUUAAAAUUAUAUGUAAAUGUCUCAUUCAAUUCAAUAUGUCAUGUAACUAAUACAAGGCAGCCUAGAAUUUAAUGUCAAUAAUGUAUUGAAAAAAAGUUUUUCACUCUCAGAAUAUCAAAAUUAUUUGGAAAAAACAUGUUAUAUGGUAAAUCACUUCUUGGCUUGAAAGGAUGGAGGAAUAACAUUAUCAAUCAGUAGAACAUUUGAGAAGAUAUAAUAUAAGAGUCAAGAAUUGUCAUGGAGUCAGGGUCAAGGAAGUGACAGAUCUUCCUGCGGAGUGCGAAUGAGAGUUCAUAACCAUUUCCUAUUAUAAGUACAUUAUUCAUUGUUGAUAGUUUGUGAGAAAGUUCAGUUGCCUUGUGUAUGAUUGGCAAUUCAGUAUGUGUAAUUAAAAGUGUUAAUAAUUUGACUUGAUAAUAAAUAAUGUUACAGACUCUA